CAAUUCGUUCCAAAAUUACAAAAGUUAGAUUUCGUACAAUUUUCUUUUUCAAAAAGCUAAAAGUAAAAUUUCUGAAAUUUUCUUGAACCAGAUUUAUUGUUAAGCAAAUUGACACAUCUUAUCACGCUGAUGGAGGAUCCAAAGAAAGGAUUUAAGGUCUUAUCCCAAGUUUCUCCAGUGUUGAUUUUAGACUACUAUAAUAUGGUAUGGUUCAGUAUGUGGAAAAGCCGAAGUAUGUAUCUUAAUUGAUUUUCAGCAAAAGAAACAACGCUCAGAAUUUUUAAAAAAACGCUAUCUUCGUGCAACUGAAGCUGUUAUGAGGGUUGAUGAAAGUAUAGAAGACGCUCCUGAAAUUCCUUAUGAAAAGCUUACUAACUAUCUCUCUAAUACAAUGGAGCUUGAAAACGAAGACGAAAAUGCGAUUAUUGACUUUGCUCGAAUUACUGAUGGAAAAGUGACUUCAUUCGAUCAAGAUCAUAUCCUAAACAUUAAUACUGGAGAUUUUGGUCUAGUUAUGGACAGUGACGAUGAAAGUCAAACUGCUGAAGAUGUUUUCGAACUUAUUCCAAUAGCGCCAGGCGAAAUGGAAUAUUUUUUUUUUUUUGAUGAUGAUGAUGUAGAGCUUCCUCGAAUUAUGCCAAGUCAAUUAUGUCUUCACAACGAGUUAACUGUAGAUGACCCAUUGGAGUUAAAUGAUGAAGAUAUUUCCAGAGGGCCCAACUUGGAAUCAUUCUUGCUUUAUGAUACUUGUGAGAACGAGAUUGUUGAAGAUAUUAUUUUACCAGUGGAUAUACCUGAGAAGCCUGAUUUAGAGAGCUUUCUAUUUAUCAUCUGUGACGAUAGGAAAAAUAUGUUUAAACCUGAGGAAGAGGUGAUAUUACCAGGUCUGGAAAAUCUGUCCAACUUUCCAUUGAAAAAUAUUGAACUAGGGUCACUUUGGAAUGAUUUUGAUGAUAAGCUACUUUCUAAUUUGUUUUCUGAUACAUUAUAUCUUUCGGAUGAUGAUUCAACACAAGAUGACGACGCAAUAGAACCUAUAACUGAAAUGUUUGAAUAUACCUCUAAUGCCGAUACGUAUAUGGGAUACAUUUUUACACCAGAAAAUGAAUCUGAAUGGACGAUUAAUACUUCAGGUGCAUCAAACUUAUGGAAAUCAAAAACUAAAGAAGCAAACGCAUCAAUCCAAAAGCCAUGUCAGUCAGAUAGUCCUCAGGACCCGACCUCCAUUCCUUUCGUAGAUUGUAACCUAGAUGCAUUUGGGAAAAUUAAUUUCGAAAUCCUUCUCGAAAAUGAUCAAAAACUUUUCUUGGACGUGCCACAGAAAGUACCAGAAAAAACUACAUUUUUUGCAGAUGAAGAUGUCUUUACAGAAAUAUCUUUGAAUUUCUUAAACGAAAACGUUUUUGGUAGAAAAAGACAAAAUGAUACUACCUUAACCGAUUUACAAACAGGACAAAAUAAAAAAAUUCAUACAAAUUUUCCGCUUUCUAAACUUGGAAAUAUGAGGGUAACGGAAACAGUUGAAAUACCACCUCAAGAGUCUAAUGCGCUUGAGAAAAAGACGCCAUCAACAUCAAGUCGAAGCGUAGAUAAAAAGCAGACAAUUGAAAACAGUUCUUCGUCUGAAGGGAAGGAAAGUACGCAAAGCGUGUUUGAAUUGUCUCAAGAACUUUUGAAACUGCAAAAAACUACUAAAAUGUUGAUGGAAUUAAAUUCAACUUUUCCGUCAAGUGCGCCGAUAAAAGAACCUAAUGUUCAUGCAAAUGUGAGAACUAUGAAGAAAACACGAAGCUCGACUGACGAUGAAAAUUGUUCGACAAGUAACAAAGUAGAGGGAGGAAUUAGCUGAUUUUUUCUCUUUAACUUCUUAGGAUCAUGUUUCAUUUCAAAAAAAUUAAAUCUUGAAAGGUGACAAAAGAAGGUGUCAGUAAUAUAUUGUUAAUAACGUUGAACUUGGUUUGUUGAGGAUAAGUCGCCGCUAGAGUCUUGUCUUACAAAAAUGAUCAAUAAACAAAAACAUGUUUUAAAUAAAGUGACAGUUCUGUAUAUUGC